GAAACAAGUUAAACCCCGCCUGGUUUGCCCCCCGCGUGUGCUCGUUGGGGCAAAACAUACGCACUCACAGAUGCGCUCGCUGUUGCUUGCACGCUGCCGCUCUUGCUCCUUGGCUGCUGUUUGUUGAGGUCUUCUUCUUCUUCUUAUUCUUCUUCUUCUUCUUCUUUAUCAAGACGAAAGUUCAAGAACAAAACCGAUGCAAUAUGUCAGUCUCUUCAGUCUCCUCCUCUCCUCUUAAGUAUGGUACUUGAGGACAUGGUAUAACUUGCCGGCAGGUGAAUGGUCAAUGUGUAUUUUGCCGCUCUAUGUCGUGCUACCCCAAAAGUCCACUCAUGGCAGACUGAUACCCUUCAAGAACAACCUUAUUUAUGAGCAAGUAAAUGAUUUCAUAAAGUGGGAAAUGGUUGUAAUGGUUGCUUUUGGAAGGACUUUUGUCUUGGUGAAGUAUGUUUCUUAAUUGCCUCCUCUAUUUUUCGCCUUCACUUCAUAAGGUUUUCAUUAUCGCAUGCAAAAGUAUUUUGGUUGUUGUUCUGCACGAAGAAUCAAAGCAAAAGAGGUAUUUGAUGUUGAUAUGGCAAAUAGCAAGUAUGAGUAUGUGAAGUCAUUUGAAGUUGAAGAUGAAGUGAUGCUACCCAAUUUGAUUGUUGUUCGAAUAUAUGGACGUGAUUUUCGAAGAUUUUCUGAGGCUCAUGAGUUUAAGAAACCAAAUGAUAAGAGGGCGUUGAAGUUGAUGAGGUCAUGUGCAGCUUCUGUGCUAGAGGAGUAUCCAGAUAUAGUCUUCUCAUAUGGAUUUAAUGAUGAAUAUAGUUUUGUUUUGAAGAGGACAUCCAAGUUCUACCAGAGGCGUGCCAGCAAAAUUCUGUCAGUUAUUGUAUCUUUCUUCACUUCAUUAUAUGCCAUAAAAUGGAAAGAAUAUUUUCCUGGGAAGGAGUUGAGGUAUCCCCCCUCAUUUCAUUCGCAAGUUAUUAGCUGUGCAUCUAUGGAGGUUCUUCAAGAAUAUCUUGCAUGGAGACAAAAUGAUUGUCAUGUCAAUAACCUGUAUUACGCUUGUCUUUGGAUGCUGAUAAAAUCUGGAAAGGCAGAAAGUGAAGCUCAAGAGAUUUUAAAGGGCACUGAGAAACCAGAGAAAAAUGAGCUGCUUUACAAACAGUUUGAUGUCAACUACAAUAAAUAUGCUGUUCUAUUUCGACAAGGAUCCUGUGUUUUGAAGGCACAGGUAGAAGAUAUAGUGAAGUACAAUGAGGAUGGUCCUGUUAAAAGAAUGCGAACAAAGGUGAUGAUAUUUCCAUCAAAAGAGUCACCUCUUAGUUUGAGGAAUAUAGUUGGAAGAAGCUUCUGGAAUCAACACCCGUAUCUCCUCAAAGAGCUGGGAAGUUUCACAGGGGAAGUCAGGAAAAUCAACCCCGAGUUGGUUAAGUCUUUCCAAUUUGAAAACAAGUUAAUGCCAUCUACUUGGAUUGUGGUUAGAAUAGAUGGCCGUCAUUUUCACAGAUUUUCUGAAGUUCAUGAAUUUGAGAAGCCGAAUGAUUGGCAAGCCCUGAGCCUUAUGAAUUCAUGUGCAGUGGCUGUGUUUGAGGAGUUUCAAGAUAUAAUUUUAUCAUAUGGUGUCAGUGAUGAAUACAGCUUUGUUUUGACGAAGGAUUCUCAGUUAUAUCAAAGGCGUGCCAGUGCAAUUGUGUCUAUCAUUGUAUCAUUUUUCUCUGCGAAGUACGUACUGAAAUGGAAAGAGUUCUUCCCACAAAAAGAAUUGAAGUACCCUCCUUCAUUUGAUGGACGAGCUGUGUGCUAUCCAUCAUCUGAAAUUCUUCAAGAUUAUCUAGCAUGGAGACAAGUUGAUUGCCACAUCAAUAAUCAGUACAAUACUUGUUUCUGGAUGCUUGCUAAGUCUGGAAAGAGCAAACGUGAAGCUCAAAAUUAUUUAAAGGGUACUCAAGCACGGGAAAAAAAUGAAUUGCUUUUCAAGCAAUUUGGCAUUGACUACAGCACAUUACCUAUCAUGUUCCGCCAGGGAUCCACAAUUUUCCGGAACAAGAAAGACAGGAUUGUAAAGGAUGAGAAUGGAAGCACCUCUGUCCAACAAUCUCAUGGGGAAGUUAUUGUUGAUCACUGUAAUAUAAUCGACCCUAAGUUUUGGAAAGAACACCCAAGCAUCCUUGAUGAUCACUCCCAGAUUAUGUGAAGCACUACUGAAUUUUCUUUUACGAUAGAGGGCUGAUGACUGCAUUCAUAAUCCUGAACUUUAUGCACAUUGAUUAAGCCAUUCACCCAAUUCCUGGGAUGCAUGAAGCAGCAGCUUUCACCGUUCGAACAAGCAGGCUUAUGCUUAGCAGCCAGAGCUUCUUGUCUCAUCUUUCUUUGUAUCUGACAACAGUUUCAUUGCUAAAACAUGCGCCUGUGGUAGUAUAUUGUUUCUAUAUCCCUUCUAUCACAGCUAUACUCCAAGCCAGAGAACUGUCGCAGAUUUUUGCUAGUACAAUCAAUAAACAAGUACAAGAAUCUCCCUUCUAACACCCAAAUGGUACAAUCUUGAAAGCCUGUUUCUCAA